GUAAAAAUUCGAGUCAGUCGUUUUUCUAAUUAGUAAAAAAGUCGAUUUUUCGUUCGAACGAACCACGAGAUGCUUUCGUGCUUUAAGUUGGGCUAUAACGCUUCGAGUGUGGUAAAAGAAGAGGUCGGUUUUGUAAAGGUGACCGGCACAGUUUGAAUUAAACAUUACCUUUAAAGUAUCGGUGCAGUAAAGCCACACGACAUUAGUGCUUCGAAUCUAUUUCGGAGCUUGCAUCGAUUAACGGACGUAACGAAACGAAAAAUCGAUUAUACAAAGGUGACUUGAAUUAAAUAUUAAACAAACCGAUAUUAACGCCUGGACUGUAACGUCGGUCCAAAGCUGCAUAGUGACAAAAUUAAUAUUUUCCCCAGUUUCUUUGGUCCGAAGUUCGCGUCGAUCAAAAUAAAAUUUCUGUCGAUUCUAAUCGGCCCAAGAUCGAGAACAGACGUAAGCAAAGGGACUCGACGAAUAGAUAUCGCCUAUCUAUUAUCGUCACAAUACGUAGAUAUCAACAAUAGUAGAGCGCGAUAUUCUUCAACGAUCGAAGAGAAAUUCGUAAGAGUCCCAGUUGCCUCGAUCCUUCGUUCCUAUUUUUAAGCGCUUAUAUUUAGUGUAUCGAGCGCAGAAGUUUCUCUAGUAACGUGUGAUAAAUUCGUGAUUACGAAACGAUCCGAUAUCGUGGCCGUUUCGCAACCGUGGGAAAUUCUUUCGAAACAUCGAACGCCUCGCUCUCGCUGUUCGCGUUCUUUCGUGUAUCUUGAUCGUGAUAAAGUCGACGAUCUUUUUUGGGCUCGCGCGUAAUUUUCUAACGAUUAUCACCGUUCGGGGAAAUGACGGAUACGCGCACCUGCCGUCCGAGAACGGCAGCCCUGCCUUUUUCCCGUCGAAAAACAAAGGCGGCGGCGAUAAAGUCCCGUAAUCUAAAGCCAAAUUAAAUUGAUUCAAGAUAUCCGUGCGCGAAAAUAAGACGAUACGAGAAAGAUACUACGCUCAACUUCAGCGUUCCGCGAGAUAAAGAAAAUAUCUUGCACGUGACACGGCAGUGACAAAGAAUCCCCGCCAGAGCAUCGCUGGCUCGCGGUUACUUCGCGAUUUUCUUCCAUCAAACUAUCAGGGAUCUCAGUUUCGCGAACACCGUUGCGACUCGUUAUACGAAACCACCGAUCACCCGGUUUAAAUUGCCCUCGUCGAAUCGCGUCCAUCUUCGUUCGAUCAACUCGACAACUUCGAAUCCGUCUCGAUCGUCUCGCGCGCUUCGUUUGCCCCUGCGAUUGGCACGAGUCGUUCGAUUCGGAUCAGUGCACCACGGGAGAAAAUCGAGGUAAAACUAGAGAGACAACGCCUGAUCGUCGAAAACGCUUCACGGGUUCGUAAUUAUGCCCAACGAACGAGGAACACUCGCGAGUAUUUUCGCCGGAAGAUCAACGAAGCGACAGACACUUGGUCGAAGAUGUUCGCCUGGUUUGUUUUCGCAGAGAAUAGUGCGCUGGAAAACCAGGAUUUACUAAACUGAACGUCGUUCGUAGACGAUAGAAAUUUUGAAAGAAGCGCGUGUCUUCUGCUUUUAAAUAAAACGAUUUGGAAUUGUGCAACAGCGUUCACUGACAUUUCGAUCACAACGUUGCCAACCGGUGUUAUUUUUGCAGUCUUGUCGCGACCGCGAACUUUCGAUCGCGUAAAUCGCUAGGAGCACAGAGAAUCGGUAGACGUGGCCGACGAGAGAUGUUGUUCCUAGCCCGAUUGUGUAACGCGCAAUGUCUCGUUCAUUGCUUAACAACGUCUUUAGCGUUUUAGACGCCGUUACGUAAAAAUCGGAGCAAGAAAAAGAAUCGACGGCGUGUAGUUUUCCUCGCGCGUACUCGAGCAAAAGAGUUCCUCGUUCGUUGACACGGAAACGAAUCGCGGUGCCAGAACAUUUAAUGAAUCGCUGCCAUUGCCAAACGGCUGUGCAAACGAUUUCAAUAUUGUUCGUUGAUCGAUUAACGUCGAUUAGUUCCGUUUAUCGAAUUUGUAUAUUUGCCGAGCGCGAAUCAUAAUGGUUCAUCGUUUGAAUAGCGUUGUCGAGAGAUAACACGAGAAUAUUGCAAAAUUUAAAUCUAUAGUAAUUACGAAUACGGAAGCGAUUAAAGGCGAAUACAUGGAAUGCACUUUGAGGCUUUCGAUCGAGUUUUGUUGUUUUCUUAAAGUCACAACGCCUCGAUUUUCUCUGAAAAGGUGUACCAAUAUAGGCGUUCAUCGGCUUGCAAACCCGUAGCUACGGUAAAUUCGAGGCGUCGAACGAAGGGCACACGGCGUCGACGUCCACAGGAAGUUGGUUCGUUCGUCGAAAGCGGAAGUCUCUACCUAUUGUCGGCCAUUUUUGCGACUAUUUCGCGACUACGCUACAAAAUGCGUCGCCGUAAGGUCGGCAUCGGGACGUCCGCGUCUCUGUUCCAGCACACCGACCACAUCGAACGUAGUCUUAGGUUAAAAGCAAGCUAACUAUUCCGGAGUAUCGCGACGUGUUGCGGUUCGAUUGUCUGGAAUACAUACACGGGGUUAUACUGAAGCAGAACACGUUGGUGUGCCAGUUCGCAUCCCCGUUGGAUGUUGAUACUCAUAAUAAACCCGAGGCGGUGGUCUUAGAGGGCAAAUACUGGAAGCGAAAACUUGCUGCGGUUACUGCGGAAUACAAGAAAUGGCGUAUGUUUUACCGGAACAAGAUCCUUGGCUGGACGAACAAGGAUGGCACCGAGAUGAUGGAAUCAAUGGACGUGUCAGAUUGGGGCAGUGGAUUGGGAACCUCGGGAAACUUCGGAGCAGGUAUAGGCAACACACACGGAGGGACCAGUGGGACUCCAGGUGGAGAGAGUAUGAUGGUUGAUGAGGAUUACAUGGACCUUAUGACUGAUACGUUAUUUUCAACAAUCAGUUCGAAUCAACCAAUAUACUUUCCCGAUCCGAGAGAAAUUGCGCGUGGAGCUAGUCUGGCGGAUUUUAUACAACCCAGUCUUGGACCGCUCCAACCGAAUUUAGAUGAUUUUAUGGACACACUCGAACCGUUGCAAGAAUUUUUAAAUUCGAAGUUGCCUCCUGUCCCCGAAGAGGACGACAUGUUUCGAAGCGGCGCGCUGAACUCGAACUAUUCGGAUCUCGAUCUGAUGACGCCCAUGAAUCAGAUGAACGAGUUGGGUCAGGAUUCGUCGGUGAAAAAUGCGCCGGCCUCGCAGCAGGCUACGCUGCCGCAGGACGAGCAAGGGACCGCUAUACAGAAUCUUCAGUACACCGCUAAAAUAUAUACUCAGCCUGAACCGACGAGCACGUUCAGGAACAGCAUUGUCGAUCAUUUCAGUGCGCUGGGCGAGAACUACAGCCCGCUGCACCAGCCCUACGAACCGCCGCCGCCUCCAACGACUCAGCCUGUCAGGGAGAAGAGUAGAUCCAGCAGAAACUCCGCAAGAAACAGUCGAAUGAUUCAACAGUCUCAGCAACAACAACAACCGCAAACUGCGUAUCAACGAACCGGCCAGCAACAGAAUUCCGGGUUUCAGCAGACGGCCCAGCAACCGUUCUCCAUGGAGAUUCAAAGCGUUCAGCUGACGACGGUCCAGAAUCCGGUGCAGAUGCCGGCGUUGAACGAGCAGUCCGUUCACGCGAAUCAAAUCUCGCCCAUCGCUGGACACGUCGAAAAUCUGGUGACGGUGCAGCAAAACUUCGCACAAACGAAUUCAACGGUAGCCACGCAGCACAGAGCCAUCAGACCCCUGCCACCGGUCGCGCCGAUGUCCACGAAACCGUACAAAGUCGUUCAACCGCAGCAGUGCUACAAGUUCUCCGGUCUUCCGCAAACCUUUAAUGCGCAGCAAUGCAAAUUCAACGCGAACAAUUUCAAGACACACCCACACCCGCAACAACUAAUCGCGGUUUCCGUGGAGCAACCGGCCCAGUCACCGAUACUGUUGCAGUGCAGACCUUCGGGCCUAGAUCUCACCACGCCGAGCACGCAACCCGCCAAAUUGCUACCGCAGCCCACCGCCUCGAGCACGGAGAAGGAGGAAGUUUUCGCUGUACCCAAGUAUCAAAUGAAAGCGAGGAACAGAUCUCGAAGUAGCUCCUCUCUAACCGCGCCGAGAAUGCACCCGCCGCCAUUAGUGUCAGCAGCGAGCGAUCCUGCUCUAAAUCUAAAUAACAAUGUUUUGCUCGCGCAGUUACUCACGAAUAACACAUCUGGUGUAUACACAAUGAAUAGUCCGGCUGAUAAUAUAAUGCCGACAAUGAACCAAACAGCCACCACUAUGAAACACAUCUUACCCAUGCUUCCACCUUCAGCUUCGCCUACGCAGGUGACGACCACACACCAUAUUACCACGCCGGUCACUGUUCAAACGAUGCAAACAUCUACGGUGCAAGCGCAACCGCAACUGCAACAACAGGCAAUGCAACAGUCUUCUUGCAGCCAACAAAUGUUAUUAAAUACAACCACCCAAGCACACCAGCCACAAAAUAGCCCCGGGUCGCCGAAAGAUAGUUCCAACGCGCACAGCCCCCAGGCGUUGAGUCUCAGCCCUUUGCACAGUCCAAUGAGUAUAGGAAGCCCUUUGUCGCCUACUCGUGUCUACGUAAAGGGCGAGCCAGAACGGGGACAGUACAAGGAACAGAGAAGGGUCGGGCAUAUUCACGCGGAACAAAAGCGCAGAUACAACAUUAAGAACGGAUUCGACAUGCUGCAUAGCUUGAUACCGCAGCUCAGCCAGAAUCCGAACCCGAAACUGAGCAAGGCUGCUAUGCUGCAAAAAGGGGCGGAUUAUAUCAGACAGCUGAGGGCGGAAAGGAAUCAAUUGAAGGAGGAAAUGGAUAGUUUAAGUCGUCAAAUUGAGUACCUUAAUAAGUCGAUUAGUAACUUUCAAUCUAUGCUUCCUGCGACGGGUGCUCCGGUUUCUAGACAGAGAACUAGCAAAAUGAAAGAGAUGUUCGACGAGUACGUGCGCACGCGUACGCGAGAAAAUUGGAAAUUUUGGAUUUUCAGUAUAUUGCUUGAACCUCUGAUGACUUCUUUUAAUACAUCGGUAUCAACAGCGAGUAUCGAGGAUCUAUACAGAAGUACAAUAUUAUGGGUUGAGCAGCAUUGCUCGCUCGUCGAUCUCAGACCAGCCGUUCUGAACUCCCUAAGGAAUUUGUGUACUGCCACUGAUAUUCUAUCAGAUCCUGGUCGUCUACCCGAAGAAGCACUCGCAGCAGUAAAUCGCACGGAACGGCGACGAUCAACUCAGUGACCAAUUAUGUUACGCAAAUACGUCGUCAAACGGAUUUGCAUACACGUUUAAGAUUUAGUCGCGUACGAGCAGGAAAAGAAACAGUUACCGUAGCUUAAGUCGUUCUAGGAGAAACUUACGUGAAAAGGAAUUCUUAAACCGGUCUUUUUUUAUAGUAGACUUUCAGAUUUCCUUCCGCAACGAUCGUGGUUGAGGAUGGAAAACACUUAAGUGCAAUUUUCCCCGUGUCCUUAUCAAAAUUGUGAUCAUAAGAUUCGUAACAACAUUAAAAAAGUGCGGGAAAAUGUAAAUGAAUUUAAUUGUGAACGAUGUUUAAUGAACUAUUAUAUAUGUAUACAGACUGUUACAAAUUGGAACACAUUGAGAUUUUAAAAACAUUUUUUUUUCCUAUAAGUUAUCGCAAUUAUUCGUAUUGAAUGUUAACAAGCUGGAAGUACAUUUAUAUUUAUUACAUAAUUGUGUACAUCACUUAUUUACGUUCAUUUGGCAUUAAGGAAUUAUUUACGUUUACAAAUUGCGGUAACGAAACUUUCGUGACAUAUGUUCGUUCUCUUCUCAUUGAAUUUUCUUGUAGUACUUGCCUACAUGUUUACAUAAUAUUUAAAAGGAAAAAAAGAAAACUAUGUAGAGCAAACCAUUCCAUUCAAUUUCUACUAUGCUUAUUUUGGACUAAAUAUGACAUUCUUGGCAAUGACUAAAAUGUUAAUAUUUUACAAAAUGUAUGUUGCGUUAAAAAAAAAUUAGUGUUUCUUGAAAUUGUUCUAUUUUUCAUUAAGUAAUGUUUUUUUUUUUUUACUUAUAAGAUGAAAACAUUUGUAAAAAUAUAUUGCGGACCCGAGGAUAUAUUAAUUGUCGGUAUAUUUUUAUAAUAAUCAAAAUAUACGUAACUUUAUGUUAAAAAAUCUAUCAGCUUUGAAUAUUCUUUUACCGAAAUUGACACAUAAAAUAAUUGUUUACGUCGCACAAUGCGAACGAUUGUUCAAAGUUUACUAAUUCUACGUAUCAAAAUACCUAAUCAAAACCGGUGCCAUGAAAUUAUAUUGUAAUAAAAAACUAAUGCCUUCUUGCUGUGAAAAAUGCAGUUAAAUUUUAACUAAAUAUUGUACAAUAUUUUCAAUUAUGACUUUGCCUUAUAUAAUAAAUUUAUAACCGUUAAUAUUUGCAUAGUAGUAUAACUUUGGAAUAAUGAAAAACUUUAUAUUACAAAAAGUCAACUGCGUGAAGAUAAAAAAUGGGUUGCUCACAAAUUAAAAGUAUAUUAUAUACAAAUAAUGUUAUAAAAUGUGAAAUUUUUAAUGCGAAAUUUCAUGUGAUAAUGUACAAAUCAUUUAUAAAGGUUCAAAUAUUAGACCUUAAGAUGUAAAAGACUUCUGUAUAUUGUAACAAUGUUAUUGCUUUUACAUAAUUGUAUAUAACAGAACGUUGUAAGCGGUGAACAAUCUUCAGAAACAACUUAAACUACUUCCUGUAACAAUUGUUAAAACAAAAUUUACAUUUUAUAAAUGCCUGUUCCAUUAAUGUUUACAAUAUGCAGAUGUCUUUUACUUACAAUUUUUCAUUGUGUAUGUUUAAGUGAUAAAUAAUAUAAACAAAUCAACAAAGGGAUGUUUUUUUUUGUACAAUAUGUAUCAUAUAAUCAUAUAAAAAUUCAUGUACUGUUAUUCAGAUGUUUACUUCCAUAAAAAAAAUUUAAAUUUUAUUCAUUUCCUCUUGUACUCCUAUAUUAACCUGCCAUGAGAACUUAUUUAUAAGACAGAAAUAUUACAUGUUUGAGAUUGUCUUAUACAGACAUCAAAGUGUCUAUUGUCAAUUUUGUUUUUUAUACAUUGCUUUUAUAAUGUUUCU